GCCGAUUAUUGUCGUCAAGACCCGCUCUCCGCGCCCAGAUUCCAAAAAUGGCCUCAACAUCCUCUUCUGAGGUCUCACAGCCGGUGGCGUUUUCUACACAAACGCAAUAUCCGUUGCCUACGCAGAAGUUCAUGAUACCUGCGUCAUGGCGGCGUUACCAGCUCUCGCAGCUCGUGAACAAGGCUCUAUUUCUCGCGAAACCCGUGCCGUUUGACUUUCUUGUGCGCGGAGAAAUCUUGAGGACAACGCUGGGAGAAUGGUGUGCGGAAAAGGGCGUUGGCGAGUGCUGAUGAACUGCGAUGUAGGAAGAAACACUGGAGAUUGAGUACAUUGAGUCUGUCAUGCCUCCGCAGAGGAUGACGUCUCUGCCGCAUGAAGACUGGGUCUCGUCGAUAUCGUGCCAGGAACCUGGGCUCUUUCUGACAGGAUCCUAUGAUGGCAACAUUCGGCUAUUCGAUUAUUCCCAGACAUUGCUACAGACCAUCCCUGUGCAGUCUGCGGCAAUUACUUCAGUGGCGUAUGUCAAAAAGACGAAUAAAGAUACCCAGCUCGUUGCGACUGCGUCCCACGAUCUAACAGCGAAAUUGACUGAGGUCAGCAUCUCGCCCAGCGACCCUUCUCCCUCCAGAGUUCUUGCCUCUCUCCAUCUGCACACAGGCCCUCUGACUGCGAUUUCCACGAACGCCGCCGGUUCUCAUCUACUCACGAGCUCGACAGACGAGCUGAUCGGCCUAUGGGACACGUCCAUUCCUGAUUAUGACGAGGUUCCUCCGGACGAUGCGUCAUCCGAGAGGAAGAAGCGGCGGAAGCUUGACGACAGCCAGGAGUCGAGGGCAAAACGUAAAGCACCUAUCUCGGUGCUCAAAAGCCACACGGCUCGAGUGUCGAAGGCGGUUUUCACAAAGGAUAACACGAACGCCGUAAGUGCUGGCUUCGACUCAACGGUACGGACUUGGGACGUGGAAAACGGUGUGUGCACAAAUACUAUCACUGCACCUGCAAAACCUUUCUUGGACAUUGCCCUGCCGGUGACAGGUCAAACCAUCCUUGCAGCGUCCACCGAUCGCACGGUCUCGCAAUACGAUCUCCGCGCCGCCAGUUCUUCCGCCGCCACACCGUCUAUCGCCUCCCUCCCUCACCCUGCGACCCCCUCAUGCGUUGCCGCAUCACCGGUAGGCUCGGGCUCUUCUGAGCACCAGCUCGUCACUGGUGCGUACGACGGCAGCGUGCGGCUCUGGGACCUGCGCAGCGAGAAGAGUGCGGUGACGAGCUUCAAGGUCUGGGAAGGACGUGCUGGUGGUAAAAAGAUCCUCAGCAUCGAUUGGGCAUUCGGCAUGGUUGGUAUCGGUGGCGAGGGUGGCGUCGAGGUCUGGCGGAUUGGCGAAGGCGACAGGCUGCAGUCCUCGUGAUGUUGUUUCCGCCCGGUUACAGCUGCAGAAUAGAGCGUCAUUCCUUCGGCUAUUCUUUGCCGCAUUAAUCAUUGCCCGCCAACAAGCCACCUCGCUACGACGUAACGAGUGAAUUGCCACACCCCUUGUUCUCGACACAUCGGCGUUGUAGGAGGC